GUCGAAACUUGGAGCGUUUGUGACGUGACUACAUAACAAUGGACAGAUUUCAUAGGAUACUCCCUCCACAAGUUCCUGUAUGGUUACUCUUUAAACGGUUUCACCAAAAUUAUAAUUAUUAAUUCCGACUACGGUUGCUCUGUGAUCUUACAAACCCAUCAUGAGAACACCUGGGAUUUUUAUUUUCGGGCUGGUGCUCGCGCCUUGUGGGUUGCUUUUAGAUCUGAUCAGCACCGUGGCCCCAAGCUGGCGCACCAUCAAUAAUAUCCCUGGAGAGGCCUCUGAUCUGGUUCUCCAACAAGGACUAUGGGACAUCUGCAAGACUUAUUCAUCAUCCCGGGACAUUCAAUGCAACCAACAGAACACACAAUACUUCAACACUCAGAUCAUCCAGAUUGCGCGCGGUCUGAUGUUGGCAUCACUCAUUCUCAAUGCCAUUGCUAUUGGCGUGGCAUCAGUUGGAGUGAGAUGUUGGACGAAUAGCGCACCGCGCUGGAUAGUCGCUGGCAUCGGCGGCCUUCUCGUGUUCCUCUCAGGGGUCCUCGCCAUCAUCCCGGUGGCUUGGUACACUAACAUAAUGAACUCCAUCACCUCUUCAUCCACCGAUAUUCGUGUUGGAUACUGCCUAGUGCUGGGCUUCAUAGGUGGGAUAUUGGAAGUGCUCGGAGGUUUGGUGAUGUCCAUCGGGUUAUGCCUGAGUUGUGGCGAACGGAACCGCAAGGAACCCCCGUGGACACACGUGGUGAGAUCCACGCGUAAUCCAUCCCCUCCUCAACGGACGACAGUACCGACUAUAAGCAGUAUCAGCAGCACGAGCAGUGUCCCAUAUUACUCCAAAGACACUGAUAUAGACAUACCAAGAGCGAAGAGGCAACAGGACCGAUUUGUCAACACUCCAUACAGAGCAAGACCAUACGAUUCAGAUUUGUAAAAAGACUGUACAUACAUUUAACAUUCUGAAUAUGAACUAACCUGAACGCAUACCGCGUACAAAGAGCGCUUACUAAAAGUACCAUGGUUACGGUUAAGGGCCGUUCAAACCGAAUACGUUCUUGCGCUUAAGGAAAGACGCUAGCGCCACGUAUAGAACAGAACGGCGGCGUGUCCAGACGCGUUUAAAACGUUUACGUUCUUAAAGGAAUAUUCCAGGUUCACUCAGUCGACAGCAUAUGUGGCAUAAUAUCGAUUAUCAAAAUAAUACAUUUUGACUUGCCCCUCGUUUUCUUAAAACAAACACAACAAAAGAUAAAAUCUGGGUUAAAGUGCGGCACUUACAAUGGAAGUGAAUGGGGGCAAUCCGUAAACAUUGAAAUACUCACUGUUUCAAAAGUAGGCUAUAGCCACAAGACAUAAAGAAUAUGUAUGUUAACAUGAUUAUAGUGUGAUAGAAUCGCUCACUACGAACUUUUAUGUGUAAAGUUAUAGCCAAUUUUACAACUUUGUUGCUUUGACGAUGUAAUGUCAACAAACCCUAAAACCACUUAUGAUUUUAAUAAAUCUACAGCUAAAAAAAAUACAGGAGUUUUAACAGAAGAAUUCAUGUAAGUGCUUUUAUAAAAUGCUACGUUUCAAAUUUCUGCUUUUAAACUCUUUAAAAAUUGCCCCCCAUUCACUUCCAUUGUAUGCGCCUUACUGUAACCUUGGUUUAUUUAUAAUUUUUUUAAGGAGGGACGAGUCAAAUUAUUAUUAUUAUUAUUUUGGUGGUGGUAAUCAAUUUUAUGCCACAAAUGCUUUUGAUUCAUCUUAACUUGUAAUUUUUGUUUACGUUCUAAAAAAAUUCCACUCCUGUGCGAGACGCUCAAAAGCAAAAAAAAAAGCGUAAUUCUACUUAGAAAAAUUUAUUAAAAACAGCACAGACACUUAAACGCAUUCUCUGUGAACGGCCCCUUGGCCUAUUUCAGUUAUUGGUUGUCAAUCAAAUACAUAGGAGAUCUCCUUUGAAGUAUAGCCUAUAAUAUAUCAGAAUAGUUCGUUUAGAAUAGAAGAGUUUAAUUUCUGUUUUUAUGACAAUGGUGGCCAUUACCAGGUUAGCACAGUUUAAUUAGUAGCUUACACAGACUUUUCAAAGUCAAGAUUUUAGGUUAAAAUGUGUAUGAAUGUUGUAGCCUAUAUAUUGCACUGACACUGGUAAAAAAAAAAUGUGUUUGUUUGUUUUUAAAUUUUUUACCAAUUACUUUAAAUGUUCACUUAAUUGUGACAAUUUUUUAAUUAUUAAAAAUAUUAAAAUAUUGUUUUAUACUGUUCACUUUAUAUUGCAACAGAAGGUUACAGCAUAUUAUCUCGUAAUGUUGGUGUCGUUACUUUGUUACUAAGUCUUGUUACUUCACUGUUUGUAGUGAUGUAAUUUGUAAACGUGUAAUUUAUCAGGAACCUUUCCAGUUUGUGCAGUUACACUUAAUACAAAAAGCAAACAGUCCUCCUAAGUAAUCUUUACACAAGCAAAGCACAAUUGUAAUGCAAUGAAUGUGUGUAAUAUUAUGUCUCCUCUGGUGUACACAAGACUGUCAUGUAAAAUAUCUUUAAGGACGUUAUUGUGGUGUGUGGUAAUGUUGUAAUUCAUAUGCACCCAUAAAAUUAUUGAAGGAUGUUUAUUUUCUUAUUUUUUAUGAUUGAAAAUGUGAUGGAUGAAUAUUGUCACAGGAUCUUUGACAUUCUGGCACUUACCUUUAUCAUAAUAUAAUUAUAAUAAUAAAAUGUUUAAUAUA